AUGAAAACCGUUUUUGCAUACAUUUUAUUCUCUUUUGUGGUAAUCAGUUCACAAGCGGAGUUGCCUCAACAAUCAAACAUUGUUGAAAAAUCGGUUAUUGUAGACAAUGUAGCUUUCAUUAAGAUUGGAACAUACAGAGGAACCACAGACGAUGGAACCGAAUACCAGAAAUCAUAUUUUUACCCAAGAUAUUCGCCAAAAAUUUCAUGGUUUGACUCGAGAUCAACAUGCGAAUCAUUUGGAUUUGAAUUAACAACAUUAGAAACGUAUGAAGAAAUGCAAAUAGUUUUUAAUCUGGCUGACAACUAUUUGAAGACUCUCAUUGAUAUAGGCAUCUUUGUUGAUGCUAUGACUCUAACAUUAAAAUCAACAACAGAUUGGUAUUGGGCAAAAACAGGAAAAAAACUUUCAUUUGCUUUACCAUGGAUUCCAGGUGAACCAAAUAAUUCUCAAAAUGCAAACGAAGCUUGUUUACAAUUCGGAAAAAGAACUGGUAGUGCGGUAACUGGAUUUAAUGAUGUGCCAUGUACAUCAACUGCAUACACAUUUUUGUGCCAAAAAAUUGAAUUUUCAAUACCUUUAAAGAUUGAGGAAACUAUUUAA